AUGAGAGAGAGGAGAGCAGAAGCUUCGAGAAGAGGCAGCCGAAGUAGACCGGGUAGAAGAGGACCGCGGCGAGACCGGAUCGAUCCCGGACGAGAGAGAUGAGACCUCCCUGGCUGGCGGCCUGGGCUUUGCCCCUUGGACUCGCUGGGUGCUUUCUCCUUGCAGGUAGUGCUUCAUCUUCUGCUCAGGAUGAAGAACUGUUGCCGCUGAGCACGGAGGAGCCAGGACUCCUGGGUCCCCAUGCGCCAUGCUCCGGCUCAGAGCCCCUGGGCCCUGCUUGCCCUCACAAGAAGAAAGCAGCCACAUUAGAGCCCGCGUUCACCAAGAGCACCACCCCCACGACUACGCACCACCGCACCACCACACAUCACAACACCACUACACACCCACCCACAACUACGCACCACCGCACCACCACACAUCACAACACCACUACGCACCCCCCCACAACCACGCACCACCGCACCACCACACAUCACACCACGAUGCACCCCCCCACGACGAAGCCCCACCCCACAACCCCACCCCACCCCACCACUAAACACCCCACCCCACGGAACGUGACUACCCAUCACCCCACGACUAGCCACAUGACCACACGCCACCCCACCACAAGCGCCACCAACCACACCACGGCUCACCCUCCCACGCCAGCCCCCACCCCCACGCAGCCUCCCGUCAUCCCCUCGGGCAAUUAUGUGGUCGGGAACGGAUCCGCCACGUGUCUGCGCGUGCAGUCCGGCCUACAGAUCCGAGUGCGCUACACAGACAAAACAAAGAAGCAGCGCUGGGGAGUGUUCACCGUGCAGCCCAACCGCACCGCGGCAGCUGGGAACUGCUCCAGCCACACAGCCACCCUGGACCUGCGUUUUCCGGAGGGCUUCCUCCUGUUCAUGUUCACGAAGAAUGAAACCCAAACGACGGUCUACCUAAGCCGAGUCCAGGCCAACCUGACAUACCAGUUCCCACAAGCAACGGAGACAAACUUUGGAGCAGAGAACGCCUCUCUGCGGGAGUUCCAGGCCCGGCUCGGACACUCCUACACGUGCCAGAACCGCAGCAUGGCCCUCGCUCCGGACUUCCACCUCCAAGCCCUGGAUGAGCGAGUCCAGGCCUUCCAGUUGAAAGCGGGAGAAUUUGGAGAAGCCGAGGACUGCAAGGUGCCAAAAAGGCGCUCCAUCACCGUGCCCCUCGUCAUUGGCUUGCUCCUGGGCAUCCUCAUCAUCAUCGUGAUUGUGGCCUACCUUGUGGGGCGGCGGCGUGCCCAAGGCGGGUACCAACCCCUCUAAAGAGACUUCCCGGAGCUCCGGCUCAGCCAGGAGGGCGAUCUAGCUUGGGGUGGGUCCUCCCUGCAACAACCACCUUGGGCCAGGGGCAGGAGGGGGGGCCUCUGCACCGCGGCUCCCCUCACCCCACUUGCGGUUCAUUCACCCCCAUUUCCCACUUGUGGCUCCAGCUGCUGGCUCACGAGAUAUACAUCCCCUGGAGCGGAAGACUGAAGGACUGAUCUUCGUUUAUUUCUGUAUAUAAUAAUGCUACUUUGCUGCAGGACACCUGAGCCCGCCACACAUUUGGUCGCAACAGGCAAAAGGGCCACUUGGCAAAAUGAUUGUGUCUACAGAUCUAGGGUCGGGGAGAAACAUGCGGCAACUGUGAUGGGAUGUGCAGCCCAGUCCAAAGCAUGUUUACUCAGAAGUAAUUACCCAAACUUCCAUGGUCCUUGCUAGUCUGCUGGCAAAGACACUCCUCUUUCCAGAUGCCUAAUUUCCACUGCCAUUUUUGAGAAGGUAAAAAACAGUAGUAGUAGUAGAAAUAAUAAUAAUAAUAAUAAUAAUAAUAAUAAUAAUUAUUAUUAUUAUUAUUAUUAUUAUUAAACUUUAUUUGUUAGCUGCCCCAAAACGAAUUGUUCUCUGCGGGGCUCACAACACAACAUUUAAAAACAGCCAAUAAAAGGCAUAAAACACAACAAACAAAUCACAACACAAAACGAAAAAUACAAAAAAUAUUUUUUUUAAUCAAUCAGUUUUUAAAAGCCUGAGUGAACAGAAAGAUCUUCAUCCGGCAUCUAAAAGAACAAAGCAGUGCACCAGGCAAGCCACUGGGGAGGCUAUUCCAUAAACGGGGUGCUGCCACCAAAACGUCCCUUUCAACAACAGGGAAGACUCCCGUUGUUUUCUCACUUCCCUCCCUACACCAGCAUGAGACCCUUCCUCUCUUUCGUCCAUCCUCGGACAUGCCAGAUGACUCAACUGGGGGAAGGGAUUGGUAGCAAUCACACAUACUGGCUGGCUAGUGAGCCAACCAAGAUUGGUGGGCCCCUGGGUCACCACUGAGUUGAAAGGGACUUGCUCACUUGGGAGUCAGCCCAGCUGAGCAGAGAAGGGUUUACUUCUGAGUAACUGUGCAGAGGAGUGGGCUGUGUGUCAUUUGGGAGGAUGCUUUGUUUUGGCAUUGGAAAGUAAUAUGCUUGGAAUAGUCCUCCUUGCCCCACCAAGAGCAGAUCAUACUAAGAAUUAAUCAGUGUAUAUCUCAUUAGCAUUUCAAAAUGUUUUCUUUCCUUCCUGUGCUUUCCAUUUAUUCCUUCAGCAUCUCUGAAUCCUCCAAGGCAGGGAUUCCUGGACAUGGGUCCCCAGAUGUUGUUGGACUACAGUGGCCAAAGGCACUGUGGCUACGGAGGAUGGGGGUUGUGGUCCAACAACAUCUGGGGACGCAAGGUUAGGAGCUCCUGAUCCGUGGGACUGGGAAAGCCCAAGCAGGCACGGGCUGCUGCUCCCUUCUCCAAGUCCAUAAUGUAGGGCACCCAAUAGCUCAGAAAUAAAUACAGAAAAUAAAAUGGAUUUUAAAUGGUCA